AGAGAGCUGUUUACUCUGCGAGGUACCAGUGCAAAUGCGGGCAGGUCGCAGCACAGCUCUGCCUGGUCUGCCUGUCCCGCACCUCGUCCCGCUCCGCUCCGGGGGCCUGACACGUCCUGUCCUGGGGCCCGGGGCCUGACACGAGCAAGCCAGCGAGAAAGAACAACCCGCACCUGAGCUCCUGCUCCUCCGGUUUAGGAGCAUUUCUGUGGGCUCUGCAUCGCCUUUCGGCGGCAUCUCGUCUUGGCCCAGGAACGUGUUGCCGGAGCAGACAGGGACUCUGGUGGUCCUCACCCGCUCAGCCAGGAGCAGCAGAGCUGCGAGAACACCAGCGCCUGCCCCAACCCCAGUUCUGAGGUUCCCAGGAGGGUGGCCCUGCCGAGAACAAAAGAUGAGCCUCCCCAGACCCAGGCGGGGCGACCAGCUGCUGUUCCUGGGCAUCGUGGUCCUCGUGGUCCUGGCCAUCUUCCUGCUGUUCUACGCUCUCCUCUGGAAGGCGGGUGACCUCAUCAACCUGCCCAACCUGAGAAUCGGCUUCUACAACUUCUGCCUGUGGAACGAGAGCGCGAGCUGCCUGCAGUGCCACCAGUUCCCUGAGCUGGAGGCCCUGGGGCUGCCUCAGGGCGCCCUGGCCCUGGCCAGGCUCGGCGUGUACGGGGCCCUGGUGCUCACCCUCUUUGUCCCGCUGCCUCUGCUCCUGGCCCGCUGCAACAGGAGCGAGGGCGAGUGGCAUCUGGCUGUGUGCUUCCUGGCGAUGGCCUCCAUGCUGCUGGCCGGGGGCCUGGGCCUCUUCCUCACCUACACCUGGAAGUGGGUCACGCCCUCCCUCCUGGGGCCUGGAUUCCUAGCUCUGGCCGCUGCCCAGGCCUUGCUGGUCCUCUUGCUGAUGACCACAGUCAUGUUCCCCCAAAGGGCAGAUGACAAGAGCAAGCUGGAGAGCUGCUAGCCCUGUCCAGAGGCUCCCAGGCUGCUUGAAGGAGGCUCAGACAGGCGCCAGAGGCCUCGUGGGCUGGUGUUUUCGCAGCCACCCUGCUUCAUAGCUAAUACUGAUCUCAAGCUUGAGCAGAUGGCCCCACUGAGGAAGGGGCACCGGCAUAAAGGAGGCCGGGGCUGUGAGGGUGACGGCCCUGGGCUUCUUAGUGUUGGCUUGUCUGCCUUUGGGACUGCUAACACCACGUAGCUCCUUGUCAUGAGAAUUCCUGUUUCACUGACUGAUCUGAGCAAACCAUUCUUCAUUCUCAGGAUGGUGGCCAGAGAAGGGUUCCUGUCCCAGGGCCAGAUUUCCAGGAUGAUCGGCCAAAGGCCAAACUGAGACCCAGGGAAGGUUCAUGGCGACAGACGGGGAACACUGAGAGCACCUGUGUCCCCGGGGCCCUGGUUAGCAAGCUUCCCCCUUUCCCACCCUCCCCAUGACACCACUCCCAAAGGCACAGGGGAUCUCAGAGGGAGUCCCUCAACUUCCCCUGGGCUGCUGGCUCCAAGCCGGACAGCAGGGGAUGAGGUGGCACGCCAUUCCUAACAUGGGACCUGGGCGUCCGAGAGCACAGCAUGCCGAAUCCGGGGGGCGGGGAGGGUGAACAGGACUGAAUGGUUCCACAAACGCUGCGUCCCUUCACUGCUCAAGCUAGACCUAGAAAGGAUACAAGCACCACUUGUGCAGGGGGAAUUUACUUUUCAGCACUGUAUAUUGAAAAACUGUAUAACCAUGGUUGCCUCACUCUGCCUGCCAAAAGCCACACUGACUCCAGAGGCAAUGUGGACUCGGCCCUGACCUCUUGCCCUUAGCGUCCACUUUGGGAGCCUGUCCCACUCGCACUUUCAGAGUGGCCAGGGAUCAAAGCCAAGGCCGCCAAGUAGAAGGAAGGGGGCAGCUCGGGAGAGGAGGCCUGUCUGAUGGGUAGAAGGCUUGGACCAAAGGUACCCCGGGAGCGCUAAGCUCCCAGACAGAGCAGAGCACUGUGGGCAAAAUGUCUUCAGGGCUAAGAGGGCGGCUCAGGGAUUGCCUGGCUGCCUGUGAGGGAAACUGUAAAUUGGGCUUCCUCCUCACGGAGAGAUGGUGCUGCCUAAACUGGACAAUUCUGGUGUAUUUAGCAGCCAUACUUUGUUUGAAAGUUAUUAAAUUGAUUCUUUGGUGCCAAUAA